GGAUAAUCUUGGACUGGCACUUCUGCCCCCGCCUGUGCCGCUGAUGCUGUAGGCUUCGAGGCUGGAGCCUCGGGAACUCCAUCGAGUUUAUUCAGUUAGACCUUCGACGCAUCAUCCCUAGCGACCAUCCGCGGUCCUUUAUCGUGGUUCCCCUUUCACGGGAGUCUCGUUGGCUCCCUGAAUACUGGUUCUUCCUGCAGACGCUACCGCCGGAUUUCCUGCGGACGCUGACGGGGAGCUGACUUCUUUCCACGUGUCCCUUUGUGAGAAGCUUCGUCUUCGGUGAAAAACGUUGUGCUCCGCUUGAUCGACGGGUAGCCGCGCGUCUCUCCCCGCGCCAGCAGUCGCUCCAACUCUCCCCGCGCCCGCCGUCGCGCCGCCAUGCGCGUACUGGUGACGGGCGCCACGGGCUUCUUGGGGACGGCGCUGGUAGCGCGGCUCGUUGAAGUGGGGCAUAAAGUUCGGGUGCUGGUUCGGCGCAGCAGCGACGUGUCGGACCUGCCAGUGGUGGUGGAACGGGCGUAUGGCGACGUGACAGAUGGCGCGUCCGUAUUGGCCGCAGCGGACGACUGCGAGGUGGCAUUCCACCUGGCGGCGCUCGUGCAGGCGUGGUGGCCCGACGAGCGCGCGUUCGAGCGGGUGAACGUGGGCGGGCUGGAGAACAUGCUGCAAGCGCUGCGCGCCACGCCUUCGCUGCGCCGCCUCGUGUACACCUCCUCCUUCUUCGCGCUGGGGCCCACGGACGGCACAGUAGCCGACUCCUCUCAGGAGCACCCCGGCCGUGGCUUCUGCACGGCGUACGAGCGCAGCAAGUGGGCGGCGGACCGGGUGGCUCGGCGGGCGGCAGAGGAGGAGGGGCUGGACGUGGUGGUGGUGUACCCGUGCGUCAUCUACGGGCCGGGUCGCAUCAGCACCGCCAACCUGGUGGUCAAGAUGAUCGCCGACCAUUUCCAAGGGAGGCUGCCCGGCCUGGUGGGCUCGGGCGCGCGCCUCAACAACUUCGUCCACGUCAACGACGUCGUGCUUGGGCUGCUCGCCGCCCAGCACCGCGGCGUGCCCGGGCGGCGCUACAUCCUGGGCGGCGAGAACGCGUCGAUGCUGCAGCUGUUUCAGGCGGUGCACCGCGCCACGGGGAAGCGCCCCCCGAGGCUGCGCCUGCCGCUGUGGGUGGUGGCGGUGCUGGGGUGGGUGUCCGUGGUGGUGGCACGAAUGGGCGGACCCAUCCCCAUCUUCACACAUGAGUCGGUGCGUGCAUUCAAUCACGACUGGGCGUACAGCAGCCGGCAGGCCCACCAGGACCUCGACUACGCGCCGCUCUCCUUGGAGGAGGGCCUCAGAGACACGCUCACGUGGAUGCGAGCUGUGGGCGCCAUCAAGUACUGACCUUGACUCCCCACAGCUACUCUCCACAGCUACUCUCCACAGCACAACCCCGACUACUCUACUACUUGCAGCCGCUCCCCUCCAAGUGGGCCUCAGAGAUUCGGACAUGGCGAUGCCAGCAGUGCCAGCAGUGCCAGCAGUACCAGCAGUGCCAUCAGUGCCAGCAGUGCCAGCAGUGCCAUCAGUGCCAUCAGUGCCAUCAGUGCCAUCAGUGCCAUCAGUGCCAGCAGUGCCAUCAGUGCCAUCAGUGCCAUCAGUGCCAUCAGUGCCAUCAGUGCCAUCAGUGCCAUCAGUGCCAUCAGUGCCAUCAGUGCCAUCAGUGUCAUCAGUGCCAUCAGUGCCAUCAGUGUCAUCAGUGCCAUCAGUGCCAUCAGUGCCAUCAGCUGCUGGUGCGACCACACCACACACAGCAGGAACAGGUGGGCUGUUGGUGCAUCAAGUGCUGAGUGCAUAUGGUGCUGUCGAACAUACACUUCAAUUUGCUUUAGGUGAUUGACCCACUGUACAUAUUGUACAUGACCACUUGAUGCGAAGCAACAUAACAGCAUGGCAUGAGGAAAUGCAAUCUACG